CCUGUUCAUUCGUCCGAGUCCCAGUGCCCAGUGAUUUUGGGAGUGAAGUGUGUAGGAAGAACUCCACCUGGAUUAGUCAAACUCUAUCCGAAGGGAUUUAAAUUUAAGUUAUAUACACAUAUAAUAGUUAACAUAACAGCCACCAUGUUGCGGUGGAUGUCAGACGACAGUAAGCGUAAAAAGGAACCAGAAGUGUUCGACAAUGUUGUUGAGGGACUCAAGAAAAUUUAUAGAAACAAGCUACUCCCACUGGAGGAGACAUAUAAAUUUCACGAUUUUCACUCACCACCUUUAGAUGACCCAGAUUUCGAUGCCAAACCAAUGAUUCUUUUAAUCGGUCAAUAUUCUACCGGUAAAACAACAUUUAUUCGAUAUCUUCUGGAACAAGAUUUUCCUGGGAUCCGAAUUGGUCCAGAGCCUACUACCGACAGAUUUAUAGCUGUAAUGACGGCUGAACAAGAAGGUGUAAUACCUGGAAAUGCUCUUGUGGUUGACCCUAAAAAACAAUUUAGACCCUUAACGAAGUUCGGAAAUGCUUUUUUGAACAGAUUCCAGUGCUCACAUAUGAAAAAUCCUGUUUUAGACAGUAUUACAAUUGUGGAUACACCUGGUAUUUUGUCAGGAGAAAAGCAAAGAGUUGACAGAGGCUAUGAUUUUGCUGGAGUUCUAGAAUGGUUUGCGGAGAGAGUUGACAGAAUAAUUUUAUUAUUCGAUGCACACAAGUUGGACAUUUCAGAUGAGUUCAGAAGAGCCAUUGAGGCCAUAAAGGGGCAUGAUGAUAAAAUCCGUAUAGUUCUAAACAAAGCUGAUAUGGUUGAUCAUCAGCAGCUAAUGAGAGUUUAUGGUGCUCUUAUGUGGUCUCUUGGAAAAGUUUUAAAUACACCAGAAGUUGCAAGAGUAUAUAUUGGGUCAUUUUGGGAUCAACCGUUACAAUUUGACAUGAAUAGACGCCUCUUUGAAUUAGAGGAGCAGGAUUUAUUUAGAGAUCUACAGCUGUUGCCAAGAAAUGCUGCUCUAAGAAAGCUGAAUGAUCUUAUUAAAAGAGCAAGAUUGGCAAAGGUGAUUAAUAAUGUUACUUAAAAAAUCAUCAGCAUUCUGCAAAUUAGUUUCUGUUUAACUUAACAAGAUCCUUUUCACAAUAAUGCACUAGUUUCAUAGAUGUAAUAGUUCAAUUUCUUUUGCUUUGUGACACUUGCUUACUGUGGGAAAUUAACUGUUAACUAUGUUAUAAUGCCAUACUGUUAAUACCCCUUUCCACAACCAAGAGUUAGCAGAUUUGAAAUUGUCCUGGGCUGUACUCAGACAUGGACUAGGAAUAACCCAGUAGACUGUAAAAUAAGUUUUUAAUAAACUCUCCAGUUCAGCAAGCCAGGUUAAAUUGGGGUAAAAAAACAACAGUUCAAUCUAAAAAAUUUGGAGAAAGCAGGCAACUUGGAAUUCACUAGAAAUCUGGUGUUUACACUUUCUCAACACACACAUGACAUAAUAAUACAGGUAAUUUAAAAAGUGGCCAGUGUCAUACUAAAAUUAAGGGAAAUAGACCAUAAGUUCAAAAGAACAAGGCAGAGUUCAGAGUAACAUUAUUUGUUUUACUUGUUCUGCAUUGUUAUUGUUCUUCAACCGGGUGAAUAUCAUUGAUAAUACAUAUUUUUCUUAGAUAAAGUAUUGUAUUUUAGUUAUAUGAUCUGGACUUCAAAUUUAAGUCAUCAGAUUUUCUCCCCAUCUUUUAAAUUCUUUAAAUUUACAAUUUAUUUCAAUACAUUUAAAACGUUUUUUUUUGGUAGUAAAUCACUAACAAUGAAGUUAUAAACUAUAUACAAAUACAGGGUCUCAGCAAAAUGCACUUACACUAAUCAUUGACUAAUGAUUUAUUCAAAUGAUGGAAUUUUCAUUUACUAUUCAUGCAUAUUCCUAUCAACAAGGCUUUUUAAUUUUUUAAUAAGUUUUUGAGGCAGUGAUCUAAAAAUUACUUUUGAGAUUAGUUCUAUUUCAUUUAUUUAAUGGUUCAAAAGAAUCAUUUUUUAAAUAUAUUUUAGUUUUGACAAAUUUAAUAGUCCCUAUCUAGACUUUCAGUAAAAGUGGAGCAACUUUUUAUUGACAGCAUUAUUGAUUUCAACCUUCCCCACCCCUGUGUAGUUAACACAAUUAUGUUAAAGUGGUUUCUUUCAUGUGCUCUUCUGACUAUAUAGAAAUUAUAGGCUUAAAUUAAUACCCUGCUAACAAAUCAGACAGCUGUAAUACUAUGAACUUUCAAUGCUUAAAAAUUACAACUCCACUGGCAUUUAUAUGGGUUGCCUGUGCCAAAUGUCUUGUGCUGGUGACUCAUGAUUCGUAUUACUUUGUUAACCCAAAAGUUAUUUGAAGUACUUAUAAUUUCACCUGUUUAAGUAACAAACAUCUAAUAAUUGAAUUGUGUCUAGUAUUUAUAGACAAUAAUUUAAAUACAAAUUUAGAGCUAAAAAUGUUAAUAUUACUUAUUCCCCUGAUCAUUUUUUCAUAAAAUCAAUACAAUUCCUGAUUAAAAAGUCAAAAUUUAAAUAAAUAUGUUUUUGAAUGCAUAAAUUAAUAUAUAACAGUGCUUCAUAAUUUUACAUCUUGAUGAACAUAGGUAGACAAUUUAAUUAUUUAUAAUGAAAUGUAUUAUAUUUGUUAUAAAAAGAGUUAUAAGUUUACAAUAACUCAAAAAGUAAUUUUCAAUGAAAGUAAAAUUACAAACAGCUGUAUGUGAGAAUGACUCAGACACCUGGGGUUGCACAUGCUUAUGCUGCCUGCAUCUGUUACCACUAGGUGGGAUUUAGCUCAGAGCUGAAACUAGGUGAGGUUUAAUAUACUAGAAGUUAAAAAUGCUAUAAAGAAAUAUUAACAUUUAAGAUUUUAGUUCCCAUUGUUGUUUCUUUCACCCACUGACCCAUAUAAAAAAAACAAAAACAUCCAGCCAGACUGUUUGUGAUAGGAAUAGAAAUAAAAUAAUGCAGGUACAUCUGUAAGCUAUGUCUGAAGUAGUGACAAUAAUGCAUUUUGUUUUGAAUCAUAAUAUCAGUCACCUGAUUGUGUAAUUGUAAAUAUUCAAUAAUUUUGGUGUUCUAUGUAAAAAAUGAGUAAAACAUUUUACAAAGCUUGGAGUGAGGAUUAAGAUACUCUUUGGAUAGAGGCGGUUUAAAUUUUGUAUUUUAAAUAUCAAUUUUAACAUUUGGUUCAGUUUACUGUCUGAUUCUUGUAAAGUUUUGUGAUUAUUUCUUUUGAAUACAAACAAGAAAUUUAAAAUAUUGUUCAAACAUGACUCUCCCGAAUGCUGCAGCGUUGUAUAACAGACCAGAAUUAGGGCACUUCUUUUUGUAUUCUUAAAAUUGCCUGGUAGGGUGAGAAGCAGAAAUGUGUAUGUGGACAAUAUACACUGUUGGCUUAAGAACUUGAUAUGCAUGACAUAUAUCAGAUGAACAGCAUCCUAUGUGUAACCUGUCACUACUUACAUUUGUCUCUGUUAACUGAUACCUAAGUUUAGUGGUAUACUAGUCCAAAUGCAAGAUGUGAACAAAUACUCUUUAUUUUAUUUUCAUUAUUGAUUUAGUGAAAACUUAUUCUACAUAUUGUUUUGUGUUAUGUAUUAUGUUUUUCUUUUAUAUUUUAGUCCAUGUAUUAUAGCCAUAAAGGUGGCACAAUUUAAACAAUAAUCAUAAUAUAGUAAUUUACGAGCUCUUUAAUAAACAUUUUCACAAUCUCCAGUUUUGUUUUAUGAUUAUCCCUAGUCACAAUAAAUUAAACAUUUAUAAAUGAAAUCUUUUUUUCCUCUCCUUUUUUCAUGAAUUUAUGAACUUUACUUAUAAUCAUAAUGAUAAAACAUACUAAUUAAUCUUGUUUUUAUUUCGUUGUCAUUUCAUUAGCUUGUAAUGCUUUUUCUCCAGGUGCAUGCCUACAUUAUAGCCCAACUAAAGAAAGAUAUGCCCUCUAUGUUUGGGAAAGACUCCAAGAAGAAAGAACUGAUAGCUCGUUUACCUGAUAUCUUUGCCCAGUUGCAGCGUGAGCAUCAGAUUUCCCCCGGUGACUUCCCCAACUGCAAGAGAAUGCAAGAGCAGUUGCAGCACCAAGAUUUCACCAAAUUUCAUCAGGUACUUUUUAGUGAUUUAAAAAAUAUUUGUACAAUAUGUUAUUAAAUUAAAAAAGAAUGUUAAAAGAAAAUUAAAAAUUGUCAUUAUUCAAGAUAUAUUUGGGGUGGCUAUUUGAUUACAUUAUACUACUUAAAAGAUAGCAUGGUAUCAAUUAGAGAUGAGAAUCGAACCGAAGUCAAACCCAGCUAACCACACCAAAACGGAACCUGAAACUUUAAUGACACUGAUUAUGAACCUGGUGUAAAAUGAUUACAACUGACCAUGUUUUGUGAAUGUGGCACAUCACCACUUAAUGACAGAAAUGCUUAUAUUUUAAGUAUACCAGUGACCCAUAGCAAAGUGUUUUUUGUUUGUUUGUUAAACCACAAUGUUUUUAUCACAAAACAUACACCCCAUUUGGCAACAAAGGCUUGAUUUGUAUUAAGGCAAUGUAAUUAAACAAAAAAAUUAUGUAGCAGACUCUUUUUCAUCUAGUGUCGGCAGUGUAUGAUUCAAAAACAAAGAAUUAGAUAAGUCAAUUUUAUUUAUCUAUCAGUCCAACAAUUGACUAUGCCUAGAUGAUGUGAGAUGUGCCUGAGAAUUCUACAAAAUAAACAAGAAACACAGAGGUGCUGCAACAGAUCAAAAUUUAUGAAAGAUGAUAGAAUGCAUUCAAUGCAUUGGUUGUUUUAGCCUGCGCCCUUGUUUUAAAAAGCCAAAACCUGUUUAAAACCAUAUUUCUGAAACCGAUAAAAGUUACAUCCCUAAUUAUUACCGAACCCAAACUUAAAUCUGCUACGCAAUGAAACCGAACUGCUACAAGACGGUUCGAUUCCCAUCUCUAGUAUCAAUAUGUAUUUAAAUGAAAGUACCUGGUAAUAAAAUUACUGAUGUUCUGAUUAGGUUCUCCUGCAAAUGAAAUUUAGGGGACAAUGUAACUCUGUAGCUUUAUAAAACAUUUUUGUAUGAAUUUUAAAAUUUUACCCCUUUUAUAAAAGGAGAAAGCUCUUUAAAUUUCUUCAGUUAUUUGAUAAUGGGGGAGAAUUUAUAUGUGGCUGGGUAAUAUCUAAAGGAAUAAGGAACACAUGCUAUUAAUGUCACAGCUGUUGGUGACCCCAGGCAUGUACACUCGUUAUUAAUUUAAAAUAGCACAACGAUGUGCAUGGGGCAAUAAUAAUAACCUCCUGUUAGGUCAUGCAUGCAUGGCUAGAGACCACGCCUGACCAACAUUUGUCCAGUGACCAACGGGUGACACUGGCAUCAUGGUUUCUAAGUGUGUACUAUGUAAGGCAAGUUCGAUAUAACCCACUCAUUUUGAAUUGAUAGAGACAACUGGUAGCAAGCAGCAUUAGUUCUUAGUCAGCUCACCAGCCUUUAUGACUGCUUCAUAUUGUCCUUUUUCUUUCACUUUCUCUGCUUUUACCAUACUCUUUAAACUUAAAUCAAUAAAAAGCUAUGAUUGUCAGGCCCUGAAUUUGAGUUUUUAAGUAAAUAUAUAUAUAUAUAUACUGUCCGUCACUCACCACUCGGCUACAUAUAAUUUUCACUUUUAAAAUUUAUUUAUUUAUGCUUUAAAUUUAUUGAAACAUAAUUUAUUUUACCUGAUCGGGCAUAUCAAUGAUGCAAUUUUGAGACAACAUAAAUAAGAAAAAUAUGCCUGCUUUAAGCUUAACUUAGUCUAUGAUUCGGAAAUCUAUAAAUACUUACUUGUUUGAAACCAAUUGAGGAAGUUUAAAGUUUUUAUAAACAAUUAUUUUUGCUACUCAAUGAAUGAAUGAUUAACUAUCUGCCCACAGAUCAAGCCCAAACUCCUAGAAGUUGUUGAUGCAAUGCUCGCAUCAGACAUUGCAAGACUGAUGCAGAUGAUUCCAGCAGAGGAGAUUGAGAUGUCUCACAAUGAGCAGGCCAAUGGAAAUAUUCACGGUGGUGCCUUCGAAGGCUACACUGAAAGUCCAUUUGGUGUAGGUCGUGGUGAGGGCGUAGAUGCGGGCCGUGGUGAACACGAGUGGGUGGUCGAGUCCAGCAAGUAUGAAUACGAUGACUCAUUUGCCAAGCUGAACCCCAUCAACGGUAAAAUCUCAGGCGCUGCGGCCAAGUCAGAGAUGGUCAAAUCAAAGUUGCCCAAUACAGUGCUUUCUAAAGUGUGGAAGUUAUCAGAUAUUGAUCGUGACGGGAUGCUUGAUGCAGAUGAAUGGGCCCUGGCUAACCAUCUUAUUAGGAUCAAGUUGGAAGGUCAUGACCUUCCCAACACUCUGCCAGAUCACCUGAUACCACCUUCAAAGAGGGAAGGUGUGGCAGCACUAGCUUCCUAAGCUAACAUUCAUUGACUGUCAUCAGGAUUCUCAAAAAUUGGUGAUGUUUUUAUUUCUAUUACUUGAAACAAGGAAUGAGCCUAUGGGAUUAGAGAGUAACUCAAAAAGGGUUCAAAUAAUACAAAUUGACCUUACAUAAAAUUGUGCCUAUUUAUAUACACUUUAUUUGUAUUGUGUAAAUCGGAAAGUAUUUGGUAAAAAAAAAAAUCAUAUUUUUAGAAUGUGAAAAACCAGGUUAAUUUAAAUACAUAUAUUAAUUUUUAUUUAGACGGGAUAAGAAUUGUGUAUUAAAACAGAAAUUUAGUUUUUGUUUUGUAUAGAUAUCUAUGUAUAGUCCAUUAUCUUUGACUCAUGUAAACAAUGGCUGUAUUAAAGGAAGCAUCAUCAGCAUUAUCUUCUGAGUUGUCAUUUCUGAAUUUGUAAAGAUUUUGAGUAUUUAGAAUAAAAAUAUUUUUUGUUUGCAGUAGAGCCUUGAUUACAUCUAGAUAUUAUUUGAAAAAUACUAAUUUCCAUUACGCUGUGGCAUGAUAGACCUUUAAAAUCAGUACAGGUAAACCAGCUUUUGGAAAUUUUUCAUGGAGGAAAGUAAACAGUAUUUAUUUUAUCAUUGUAGAGUCUAGAUUGCUGAAUAUUUUGAUAGCACUUUUGAUUAGAUUAUUUAUAUAGUGAUGUAAUCAAAGGAUGAAAAUGAGGCCCUACUGCUAUUAAUAUUAUAAAAUUUAAAACUCCAUUGUUUAAAAUUGUUUUAUUCAAAAUGAGUUGUACUUCAUAUUUCUCUGUAACAUAACCUAUUAAUGUUUAUCUCACUGUACAUGCAUAUUAUUGUUGUUUUUUUCCUCUUUCUUAUACAUAAUAUUUUUGUACUUUGCUUGUUGCAUUACAAACUCAGUUAUUUUAUUGUCAUAAUUUGGUUAGUUUAAUUCUUCAUCUUUAGUUUCAGUCAGUUUCUGAACCAUGAUUUAACACAAAAAAUAUUUUUUAAAUGGUCUAUUUCAAUGAUUGUUUUGUAUCACUGUAGUUAAGUUUCUUCCGAACCCAAGUCUACUUAAAAAAUACACAUAUAGCCAUGGGUUUUUCUUGUUUAUUUUCUAUUCCUACCAUUUAGCUCUAACAAUAAACUGAGGUCCAUUAAAAGGUGUUAAUGAGAAUUGUUUGUUACGUAUUUAUCAUAAUAAUAUAAAUCUCCGAAUCAUGCAAAAAUAUUUCAUUUUAAUGUAUCUAUUAUAUAUUCAAACAUAGCUAAACACACAUAAUAUAAAUCUAUUAUUUGUCCAAUGUAUAUAAAUUGCAAUAACAAAAAAAACUAACCAUGGGCUCUUAGAUAACCUUAAGUUUUAUUUUUUGUGUUGGGAAUUAAAAAAUAUGUUUGUUCAUAGUCACAUGCAGUUUCAGUGAUCUAUAUUGAGUGUCCUUUAAGGAAUAAAAAGUGAUUGCUUAUAAUUUGAAGUGAAUUUCAUUCUGUAACUCUUCAAAUUCACUGUUUUUUUAAAGUACCUAACAUAUUGUUAUAGAAGUAUGUUUGUUAAAUAUCCAGAUCCUGACAUAGCUACACAGCAAUAGUAUUAAGUUGAAAAUACAACACUGUUUCAUUUGGUGGGUCCAAAAAAAAGAAAGAAUAUGCAGAUGUGUCAAUUAAAUACAUUCUCUCCUCAUGAGAGGUCUCCCCCCCCCCCCCCCCCCCCCAACCUCCUCAGUAUCAUCCACAACUGACUUAAAUUAUUCAGUAUUAUGGACACUUGUAUUUGUAGCCAUAUAAACUCUUUGGUAGAAUUUUAAUUAAUUUAAUAAAUUUUACAAAUUAAUUUACCUUCUGUACUUGCUAUUAAAAAUGUUGAUGACCUGCUAGAAUCUUAGCUUCAUAGUUUAUGUAUUGAGAACAUCUCUUACGGCAGCUGUGGAGACCCUUUUAAUGCCUGCCUGUAACAUCAUUUUUUAUUUUAACUAACAAAAUUUUUUUAUCAGAAUAAGACUUGUCUGUGACACUUUCCCCUCCAUGUGCACAAUUAGAAUAGUCUACUUAGUAUCUUAAAACGCGAUAGGUUUGGUGUAAGAUUUCAUCUUCAUUUAACGUUACAAGUAUAACCACUCUGUAUUGAUGUCUUUGCUGACUUAUUAAAACAAAACAUGCUAACAAUGGUUCUAUUUUGGGGUUGCUCUGUAUUAAUGUUUCUCACGUGGUUUGUGUUUAUAAUUAACACUUUGUAGGUUUUGAACUAAAAUAAAAAUUAAUUAUUUCUGCUUUACUAUUUCUAAAUCUAUAAUUGCAACAUCUUUGUUACAAAUACUUGUACAUAUAAUUUUUAAAUAAUUUUGUCCACUAGAUGUAAAGGAGAAGGCUGCUAAAUAAACUGAUCCUUAUGAAAUGAAAGCUCAGUUAUGAUUUUCAGGGCUAUUGCAGUUCAAAUCACACUCUGGCUGGGAUGAAAUAAAAUAUUCUAGAUUUGGAAAAUUUUAGAACUUGUAAUGUCUUAGAAUCAACAAUAGAAUACAUCAUAAUACAUGAGCGAGGUUGUUAAAUUCAUAGACUUGAAAUUAACAUUGGACAAGACCGAAGUUAUCAAUGAUACUCAAUUAAAAUAUGUUGAUUUUUAUUGCUUCAAUAUUCACACAUCUCUGUUAGGAAUAGUCACUAUCACUUAUCUAAAUCUGAAAGAAUGCGAGAUUGUUUUAAUUUGUAGCCCUAAAUACGAGUUAUGUUUUGAAAAAUCACUGAUAUAAAAUGUAUAUACAUGUAUCAAUAUUUGUGAGAAAGUUCACAGAAGAUGCAUGUUCUGGUUCGAACUAGGCAUUAAGUGCCACAUUAUACAAACUUGUUUAUAGGUUGCUUAUACAAUUGUGUUGUUUUACAUAUUUAAAGGGUCUAUGAACUUUGGAAGUGAUAUAAACCAAUUCUUAUCAGUAAUAUUUUCUUUACACCACAUUUAUUUAGUAAUAGCUCAUAUAAAUUUUGAAUGUUUCCCCUACAUAACCUUUGGAAGUAAGUUAAAAAUUUGCUGGUAAAUUCCUAAAUCUAAGUUUAUUACUUUUUUUUGGAAAUAAUUUUCAAUGGAUCAUAUUCUCUGACAAACCAACUGAAGUGAGAGGUAUCGGUACGAAUAAUACUAAUAUAUUUUAUGAAUAUAGAAAUUAAGCAAAUAUCCGCAGUUAUGGAAUUUUUUGUUCUUUAUUUUUUCUUCUUCAAAUCCUUGAUCAUGGCAUGUCUUUAAUGACGUUGUACUGCUCACAAAAUGAACAUGAAGCAGUAGAUGUGCAAUAAUGCUUAUUUAAUAAACAUUUUUCUAUUUAUCCAUUACUUUACUGCUGUUUCUUUUAAAUCUGCAUGAAUAGGAAUUUGAUUUUUUGCAUUCACCAUGUUUCAUGUUUCGGAGAUUAAAACUAUAACCACUGUUUUCUAAAUUUUAUUGUUUUGUUAUUUACAUGUUUUGUCAAUUUAAUGUGUACUUGUAUAUUUUUUUUAGAUAUUCUUUACUUUUCAAUUGCUUGUGGCUUGGUUCUAUAUUUCAUCACUAUUUGUGGCAUCAAAAAGAGCUUUAAUGAUAUUUUAAAAUAGUCUUAUGACUGUAAAAGAGUAGGGACUGCCUAAGAACACAUUUAAUUAAAAAUUUUAAUUUAACCACCUCUAUUAUUGAGCACCACAAAACGAUUCUUAUACCUUGCUCUAAGGUAAGAAUGGCUGAACAACUAAGGCAAGAAUGCACUAAAUUAAACCCACUUCUUCAUUUUAACUUACUUUUAACCAGCUAAAAAUUACUUUUUGUGUAUUAUUUAAUGGAUUCCACAUUUAAAGCCAUAUGUAGAUAUGAACACCUUUGCUUUAUUUUAAAACUGCUAAUCACCAUAUAAGGCCUGAUCCUUGGUGCUAAUAUUGUGCUAAGCUUGCAUAUUGUUGCUGCACAGUAUUGCAUUUAGUGUGUAAAGAAUUGAAUUGCGAUUUUAUUUUUGAAAAGAAAUAAGAGAUAGUUUAUUAUACAAUAUUCUUGUGUUGUGAAUGAAAUUUUUUUAUUUAUUUCAUCCAAGUAUUGAUUUCUUAUAUUCUAUAACAAGACCUUUCCAAUUAGCAAAUCAAUAAUGGUACUGUACACAAAGUCAGAAAUGGACAUUUACUGAUGUUUGGAAAUAACUAUUGUUUGUUCUAUGUACCUUGACUUUGUACCUAUAUCUUUCACUCAUUCCUUGGUUUGGAAUUAUUUUUUACAGUUCCUAUAAGUUGGACAUUGCUCACACCACCCCCUUCACUUUAUGUAAAAAAAAAAAGAAAGUUUUUCAGCAUACAGCCUGAAUUUAUAUGUCACCAGCAUUAAAUAUAUUUAUCAGGCCACUUAAACAAAAUCAUGUAUAUUAAGAAUACUGAUAAAGUCUAUAAGUUUGCUAAUCAUUUUUAGGAAAUUUAAAUAUGAAACGGAUAUAGUAUAGUUGGGGAAAAACUGUGCCCAUAUGCUAAAUACGGUACUGUGAUCAUGGCACAAGGUUAAAUGUAAAACUUUGAAUGCUGAUUAUUCAAUAUUCCAUCCACUGCUAGGGAGCUACAGCCCAUGUAGGAUUUUGGUCUGCUUCACCACUUCCUUCCAGUCAGGCAAUCCAUCCCUGUGGCGGUACAGCCCAAGUAGGGCUUAUGGCCUGCCUCACCUCUUCUUUCCACUCAGACCAUCCAUACAUCACUGUGGCACUACAGCCCAUGAGGGGCUUUGGUCUGCCUCACCACUUCCUUCCACUUAGACCUAACUGAUAUUUUUCUUUGCCAUGCAUGGUUUCCCAUCUGGUGUAGAUUUUUUUCGACAUCACCCAUCCAUCUAAGCCUAGUUCUGCCUUUAAGCUGCUUUCCUCUGGUGCUUUGGUGGUGCACCCUCUUUACUCCUUUGUCAUUUGGCAUUCUUUCUAAGUCUCUCUAUUCCCCCAUCCCCCAGCUUAGCAUAUGAUCUAUACAAUUCAUGGUUGGUUCGUAUUCUCCUUCCAUAUUCAUCCUUUUUUGGUCCUUAUAUUUUCUGGAAACCUUUUCUCUCCUAUGUGUUUAAUAGGUUUUCUGCCGUUUACGUUAUGGUCCAAGCUUCUUAGAAUUCUUAAAUCUACCAUGCAUUAAUGAGAGGACAAGACAUAAAAUAUUAGUUUUUUAUAGUGUCUAUUAAUCUAAAUCUAGUUCAUAUUAAAUACAAUUUUGUUCUGGAUGUAAUUACAUGCUAAAUGUCAAAGAAGUUGUCAUUGAAAUGGGAUAUUUUUACUUUCAUUUCUAAUAAAAUAUUUACAGGAUAUAUAUAUUAUUUUAGUUUGGAUAUGAUUUUUUCUGGUGUCAGUAUGCUUUUUGAAUUUGUAGCAUUAUUUUAUUUCAGUUUUUUAAUUGGAAAUAAUAAUAUUAAUAAGGUUUUUCAAUGUUGGGCUAGACAAAUUAUGUUAAUGCUUAAGAAAAUUCAUAUAAUUCUUUUUAUUUGAUUUAUUCCUAGCUUUGAAUAACUAAAAUUUAUCAGAUUAAUACAAAUUUAUUAUGUAAUGUUUUCCAAAAUACCCAGAACCUUUUUUUUAAAAUUUUAUUGUGAGCUAAAUAAAAACAUAUUUUUGCCAACUAUGAAAGGGUUAAGUAAACCAGUUUUGUUUCAUUAGCAAUAUAAAUACUGUAGGCUCUGUUGAUUGCCGCGGUCCAAACAUUAAGAUAUUUCUCUUAUACUACAAUGCAUUUCUUUGAUCCCCCGAAAUUUAAUGAAGUUGCUAAGCUGUAAUACAGCUAUGCUAAGCUGUAAUACAGCUAGAUUGUCUUAGUUUUAUAAAAUAAAUUAUUAGUUUCUAUAAAAUAUGAAACAUUGAAUAUAAACUUGCAUUUCCUAUUUAAUUUCUUCCCUGACUUUGCGCCUGGCUAAAAAUAAAUUCUGGGAAAUAAUACCAACAAUCCAUCUGAUUAUCGCACGAUUAUGUCUAAGCAAUAAAAAUAAAAUCCACUUGUAUAGUAUUUUUUUAAAUUGAAGUUUCCAUUUUUUUAGCAUGUUUUAUUUUUAAAUCUCCAUACUUUUUCUUUUACACAAUUAUUGUGUGAACUAUAUGUUUUUAUUUGUAAAAAAGAUGACAUAAUAUAACUUACUAGCCACAUUCAUAAAGCUAAUUCUUUAAAAGAGGGAAAUUUUUAAAAAUUUUGAUACAAAUUUAUUUUAUUUUUUAAACUGAGUUGGCUAUAACAAGUUCUAUAAAAAGUCAGUUUCGUAAAAUAUUUAAAAAAAAAUUAAAUUCAUUACAAUUAUGAAUGGGACUCUCGACAAAAAAAAUCACUUUUGAAGUCUGAUUAAUCACUGCACUCAGUAAUUAUAGAAACAUGUAAAAGAUUUGAUUAAUUAAUUGUCUAUUGGUAAUUAAUAGAAUUUUCAUUUCAACUUUUUUUUUCAUAAACUACUUCCUACUUUAAUGAAUCUACUUUAAAUGUAGAAAUUUAGAAAAAAAUGUAGAAAACUGUUUGAUAAUAUUAUGAAACCGUCUCACUUCAAAGCACAACCAACUUGGGUGAUAGGUUUGAGAUUACUUGUUUUACCGUGAAUACAAAUACUCAUCUAUCUAAACUUAUUUAAAUAUUUACACGACUGUGUUAAUUAUUUAGAGUUUCUAAAAUGGAAUAUUUUUUUUAUUGUCAAGGUUCAUUAUUGCUCAUGAAGAUUUUUUUUUUAAAAAAGAUAAACCUUCUUUUUAGAAGUACUCCCUGCUAAAAAUGAUCUUGUAUUCUUCUGAAUCCCCAACGACAGAAGAAGUUUAUAAGUUAAGUGUGAACAUUUUGUGUUAGAAAUUGUUACUUUAAAAAUGUGUAACUGCUCAAAUAAACAAUAUAGCCAUGCAUGUACAUUUAUUUUCAUGUUAACUUACCAAAACGUUUGUUACGAGUUGCAUUAUCAGUAGCUUAACAGAAUGGACUCCCCUGAUAAUAAUGAUAUCAUUGAAACCACUGUCCUCUGCUUGCUUGUUAGCAGCCCGAAAAACUAUGCCAAAUUAUUUCGAUUUUUGUUUUUGCUUGUUUGACAUUUUGUUUGAUUAAUUUUAGCAUCUGUACAGUUUUGUCUAAUGCCCAGCUCUGCUGAGUGAAACCUACAAUGUACUAAUGCAAUUUCCCACUCUGCUGAGUGAAACCUACAAUGUAAUAAUGCACUCAUUAACAUGACCAAUAAUUAAACUGUAUUCAUUCACCACUGACUUUACUUUCGUAUCUUAUUUUACUUAACAAUAAAUGCAUUGUCAAAAUUGCAGGAACCUAUAGCAAUGUAAACCUUUAGAAAUCUGACUAAAUAUCUGUUAUGGAUAUUAAUACAUGUACAUCUCAGAACAUGUCGCCUGACUUUCUGCCCUGGCAUGUUUAUCAUGUCCAGUCUCAAUUGACUUAUGGGGGUCGUCCAAUCAGAAAAAGCAAAAAGAGUAGUUUAUAUUGAUUAUUUUAAUAUUCUUCUUAUUUAUUAUUCUUUUUGUGCAAGGUAUUUUUUGUAAACAUAGUCUAAUAUUAUUG